AUGGAGAGUAAAGCAGUGGCGUACAAACUCAUCCACGAUGUGUCUCUGUCUUGUGCGGAAUCACACAGUCCAUCGGCACCAGCGACAUUUUCGCCUUUCACCCGCCUGCCGCCAGAAUUAAGACACAGAAUAUGGAUGGAGUGCAUGUCCGCGCCGCGCUUCCUCCGCAUCAUCCUCCACGACGACGUCUCGCAGGCAGCCCACCUCUACAACGCCACGAAUCAGCUGGGAUAUACAAUCAGCAGAUACCCUUACUUCACAGUAGUGGAAGAGACAUCGGGCCAUUCCUCUCCUCAGAUGCUUAAUGGCGUGAGCCGCGAAGCACAGCUCCUCUACCGCCAAGCAUAUCGGGUUCGCUUUCCUAUUCGCGUAAAAGGCUCAGAUGGUGUAAUUAGGACCAAGACCAUUUCUCUAACACCAGAAAAGACUAUUUUAUGGGUUGAAACAGCCCGAGCAGAUUGUAACGGGCCAGCAAUACUUCAUUUUUUGCACGAUCUCCUUGCUUAUGACCCGAAAGGUGUUGGUGUUGUUCACUUGGCUAUUAGCAGAUUCAUGGAUAUACAGUCCCUGGCUCAGAUAGACCCCGAAUCUCUACCAUUGCCAGUCCACACUUCUCUUAUCAAGCUUCUUUCCAGCAGCAUUCAAUCAUUCUAUUCUGUCAUGGUAUGCGAUAGAGAACUCCGCUGCACCCUUGGGCAGAUGACUUGCCCGCGUGCGAAAUUUCACCGCAGCCUUUCCGUGCCAAUUUUCUGCCAAUCGGGCGUCUACAGGUCCUUAUCUCGGGAUUACCGAGAUAUUAAGCGUGAUUUGGAACACGUCGCGUUCCCACUGGACCCGCGGAUGGUGGUCUUCCAGUGGAACAUGCUCAAGGCUAAAUUUGGCCAGCAAGACAAAUGCAUAUAUCUAGGAUACAUCCUGUGCUGCGUCGCAGAUAAUAUUCACUUAAAACCUGCAUGCUCACACCGCCAACAGCUGUUGGACGAGCUAGCUACUGAGGACCAACACUGGGGCGAAUGGUCGCAAAUAUUGAAUCAAGACAUCUGGGGCGAGCGGCUGACACGGGACGAAUAUACGGCUCGCCAACACUCGUUGCCGCAGGUAUCGGGCGUUUGGGUUUUUGCACAAGACGCCAUGGGCCAUAUUCCCGAUGUGGCUGAAAUGAAAUACGCAACCGCCGAUGAAUGGGAGUUUAAGAUGGUCAAGGAUCUAUCCGGUUUUCAACCAGAGCUCUGGGUGUUUGAGCUAUAA